UGGGGCCUUGCUGCCGCGGCGGCCGCUGCCGUUCUUCCCCACGUGUCCCUCUCCCGGUUCAGUUCAGAAACUUGGGCCUUCGUCCCCAAGCCCUGCUCAGGGUCACGCCUCGCGGUUUGCCUGGACACAGACACCUUUCCAUGGGGUUUAAAUCUGUCUCCUCGUUGUGUUGUUUGGUGCCCUCAUUUUGCCUUUUUCAUCGUGCACACUUGAUUCAUCACAAAGUCCUCACUAAAAAUCUUGAUGUUAGGAGGUUUCUCUCUUACCUCCUUUUGUUGUUUGUGUUUUAAGGUGAAAUACGACACUGUCUCUGAUUUCACCAUGUGCCUCACAUCAUCCUUGCUCUUUAGGCUUUUCUUAUAUGCCUUUUUUUUGAGAACACACCUGUAUGCAUUUUUAAGGCACACAAUAGAUUAAUGCUGCUUCCUAACUUUUCCUAGUUUGUCCUGCCUAUUUUUCCUCAUAAUUCCUAUUUGCUUUCCUGAUCACCAUGCCAAGCACAGAGCUGAGAUAUGGAGAGCUAAAUGGGAACUGGUCUUAUGCAGGGACUGGUCGUUCUAGCUUCCCAUGCAUGUAACCCUCUCAAAGGCACAUUUGAGCUGGUCCUGUCAGGUUCCAGUCUGCAGGGCAAAAGGGAGGGGGGCAGGAGAAAAAGCCACUGGGCAAAAGAGCCCAGCCUUGUGGAGGGGAGAGCAGCAGCACACCGUGAUGGAACUGGACUUCAGCUGAAGGCUUGCAGUCCAGAGUUUUGCUUUAAGAGCAUCUUGACAGGGCAGACACUAUAUUAACUCAGAUAGCAAAACACUUCAGUCACGGGUAUGUGUGGGGUUUGUGAAUCAUGAGCCUUUCCUGACUGGUGGGAGAGAGGUCAGGGUUCAGGAGGGAAGUCAGUGCAGCAUUUCCUUAUGCAACCUCCCUGUUCUCCAAGAGAUGGGACCUGGUGCCAGGGAGAGGCUGGGUGGAUUGCUCUGGUGGUUCUCACUGUGCUUUGUGUCAUCCUGGUGUGGGACUAUGGGGUUCACUAGGGUCUCGCUUACCCCUGGACUCUUAUGCCACUCCAGCCACAGAGGUGGGUAGAGGACACCCAUCUCUGUUGGCUGUUCAGCCUCACUUGGCCAUUGAAGAGACAGCAUUCCCUGUCACUGGCACUGUGAUCUGUUUCUCCGGAAGGUUGUCUGCACUUCACAGCUUUCACAGUAAUAAGUAGGUUGUUUAUGCUCAUGGGACUCCUCUGUUCCUGUAACUAAGCUUUUCCCGGAUGCUACACGGCCAAGGAAAACUCAUGCUUAUCAAUCCCACCAGCCUUCAGCAAAGCCCUGUGCUGUUGUUUGCAAUGAUCUACACUGAUCUCUUUCCAAACUGACAGCGGUCAAUUUUAAAGCCUGUUUUGCUUAUGGAUACUCAUUUUUCCCCUUGUAUUUAUUGUCAUAGAAUUCCUGUAUCUGAGGAACUUGAAUAAUUGUGGUGGUACAUGUUUUUUCACCUCACUGUUCACCCAUUUUGAUAGAUUAUUAUGCAUGUGUUGAGCUUAGCACAGAACCCUAAUUUAUUCCCACUCUUUUGCUUCUCGGAGCAAUUUUUGCUUGAUGUUCUGAGGCUGGUGGGAAAAAGAGGGGGAGAGCACAGGGCCCAGGCAAGAUGCACAGUUCGAGUUUAGGCCUAGUCCCUGACAGCUCCAGACUGUUAGAGCUUUGUUUUCUUACAUGGUAACUUUGUUUUCUCAGUAACUUUUUACAUACUUAAUCUCUUUUUGGAUGGGGGAAGAUGAGUUUUGCUGCUGCAGGGCUUCCUGCUGUGUCCUUCUUAAUGUUUGUCGCUCUUGCCCCCUGCAGAGCUGUAGGGAAGACCUGCUUGCUGAUCAGUUACACCACAAAUGCCUUUCCUGGGGAAUACAUCCCUACUGUGUUUGAUAACUAUUCUGCCAAUGUCAUGGUAGAUGGAAAGCCAGUGAAUCUGGGCCUCUGGGAUACAGCAGGGCAAGAGGAUUAUGACCGACUGCGGCCUCUUUCCUAUCCACAGACGGAUGUUUUCUUGAUCUGCUUCUCCCUUGUGAGUCCAGCCUCCUUUGAGAAUGUCAGAGCCAAGUGGUACCCUGAGGUCCGACACCAUUGCCCAAAUACACCUAUCAUCCUGGUGGGCACCAAGCUGGACUUGAGGGAUGAUAAAGACACCAUUGAAAGGUUACGUGAUAAGAAACUGGCCCCCAUCACCUACCCCCAAGGUUUGGCCAUGGCUCGGGAGAUUGGGUCAGUAAAGUACCUGGAGUGCUCUGCCCUGACGCAGCGGGGCUUGAAGACAGUGUUUGAUGAAGCCAUCCGGGCUGUGCUCUGCCCACCGCCUGUGAAGAAGCCUGGCAAGAAGUGUACUGUGUUCUGAGGGCUGUGGCCGAGGUGCUGGCUCAGCAUGUUGCUGUCCUCUGACAGAUUGCAUAUUAGCUGGGUGUUUCUGGAGGGGGCUGGGAUGUGUAGGGCCCUUCAUCAUGUACGAAGUCAGUGUUUUUUAAAUGUCUCUUUGAUUUAACGUCAGUGUUGAUGUGAAGGGGCAGUGGGGGCAGGAGACUAGCUGGGGCUGUACAGCCCCCAGGGGAGGAACAGUGGGGAAGGCAAAGUAGCUUCUUGGGGCAAUAGGCUGUUUUGGCUCUCCUGAACCCCCAAGCUAAAAGGGCUGAGACAUCUAUCCUGUCCUGGAAACACCUGGCUACAACCUGCAGGUGAAACAGGUGGUGAAGAUCCUUGUGGGAGUGGGGAGGAAGCUGAUAUGAUGGUGCUGUAUGAUAAGAGCAGCUGGGAGAGUGGUAGGGUCUCUCUUUGCCCAGCCUGCUGUAUUCAACAGGUAACAAAUAGGUGCUCUAGCAGAUACGUGCCUGAGACUGUUAAAGAAAUCACAACCAGCCUGGGAAGGAGUCGAAGUAAAUGAGAUACGAAGCUGAAGAACUAACCAUUAGGUGCUUUAUUGGGUACUAGCUAAACUCACUGAAUGAAACAGCUCCGUGCAAUCGAUGUACUUGCCUUUCUGUGUGUAUACACACUGGGAGAGCAUGGUGCUGCUCCCCCCCCAUCAGUCUUUAGCAGGGCCUCCCCCCUCUUAAUCCAGUCUCUGCAGAGCAGGGCUGUGGUUGUUGCCUCUGUUUUAUUUUUUUUUCUACUAAAGACAGCAAAGGAAACAAUGAGGAGUCUGCUAGCUUCUUCUUUCCCUUCCCAUUGAAAAUGCAGGCCAGCUCUAUGGAGUUGGAUGGAACAGGGAGAGCUUCUCAAGGGUUGUUUUGGGGGAAUAGGGUUGGAAGAAAGACAGGUCCAAUUUCUAAUCAUCAUGUAGAGUGACAAGAUAAAACCUUAUUUGGUGCAAUAAACAUUCUCCAUGACGGUG